AUGGAGUUUGGAGAUGAUAGGAAUCUUUACCUUAGAGACACAUGGAGAGAAGGAAACACAAUCUGCGGUGUCCUGCCCUUAAACCCGAGCUCUAACGGGAUAUGGCCAUCCACUAAACUCCAAGAUCCUAUAGCCAAUAUUGAGUUCUGGAACUACAUGUUUCCACAUGUUCAGAUCAUUUUCCUCAUCGUCACCGUCUUAUGGCAAUUCUUCCAUUUCUUCUUCAAACGUCUUGGCAUGAUUCGUUUCACUUCCCACAUGCUUACCGGGAUCCUUCUAAGCAAGUCGUUUCUAAAAGAGAAUACACCCGCGAGAAACUUCUUUUCGACAGAAGACUACAAAGACACUCUGUUUGGUCUAGUUGGUGCGUGUUCAUACAUGAUGUUCUGGUUCUUGAUGGGAGUUAAAAUGGACUUGAGUCUAGUCCGCAACACAGGGAAGAAAGCCAUCACCAUUGGUCUCUCCUCCGUGUUACUCUCUAUAACCGUUUGCUCCUUGAUCUUCUUCGUCAUCUUAAGAGAUUUUGGGACCAAAAAUGGACAAACAUCUGUGAAAUUCUACGAAGUCAUAGUCAUCUACUCAAUCCAAUGCCUUUCUUCGUUCCCUGUAAUCGGAAACCUUCUUUUCGAGCUGAGGCUACAGAACUCAGAGCUUGGUCGUCUCGCUAUGUCUUCUGCGGUUAUCAGCGACUUCAGCACCUCGGUUCUCUCCGCGGUUCUCGUCUUCUUGAAAGAACUCAGGGAGGAUAAAUUUCGGCUCGGUUCCAUGUUCAUUGGAGAUGUUAACGUUGGAGACCGUCCUUUGAAACGUGCAGGCACAGGAGUGCUCUUUGUUUGUUUCGCUAUAUACGUUUUCAGACCACUAAUGUUCGUUAUCAUCAACAGAACACCUUCUGGUCGUCCCGUGAAGAAGUUUUAUAUAUAUUUCAUCAUCAUUCUCGUUUUUGGAUCAGCCGUUCUUGCGGAUUGGUGCAAGCAAUCUAUCUUUCUUGGACCUUUUAUCCUAGGCCUUGCGGUUCCGCACGGACCGCCUUUGGGAUCUGCGAUACUUCAGAAGUUCGAGUCUGCGGUUUUCGGCACUUUUCUUCCUUUCUUUGUUGCUACAUCUGCGGAAGAGCUUGAUACAUCUUUCUUACAUUCUUGGGCCGAUUUAAAGACUAUCUUCGUCAUCGUCUUUGUUUCCUUUAUCGUCAAAUUCGCUCUCACGACACUCCCUGCCUUGUUGUUCCGAAUGCCCAUAAAUGACUGCCUUGCUCUGUCUCUUAUUAUGUCGUUCAAAGGCAUCUUCGAGCUCGGGGCUUAUGCGUUCGGGUUUCAAAGAGGAUCUAUCCGGCCUGUGACCUUCACUAUCUUAUCCCUUUACAUCUUGUUGAACUCUGCAAUCAUACCUCCGAUCUUGAAACGUAUAUACGAUCCUUCGAGAAUGUACGCAGGAUACGAGAAGCGGAACAUGCUUCACAUGAAACCAAACUCCGAGCUGAGGAUACUGUCUUGUAUCUACAGAACAGACGAUAUUCAUCCCAUGAUCAAUCUCCUUGAAGCUACUUUUCCGUCAAGAGAAAAUCCUGUAGCUACAUACGUUCUCCACUUGAUGGAGCUCAUAGGAAGAGCCACUCCCGUUUUCAUCUCUCACCGUUUGCAAACGCGUAAAAGCGAAGACACAUCUUACAACUCGGAGAGCGUCAUCGCCUCGUUUGAUCAGUUCCACAAAGACUUCUUCGGUUCUGUUUUCGUCAGCACUUACACGGCGUUAUCUGUUCCCAAGACUAUGCACGGAGACAUAUGUAUGCUCGCAUUGAACAACACCACGUCUCUCAUCAUCCUUCCUUUUCACCAGACUUGGUCUGCUGAUGGAUCAGCCAUUGUUUCCGACAGCAACAUGAUCCGGAAGCUGAACAAGAGCGUCCUUGAGCUCUCUCCGUGCUCUGUCGGAGUCUUUAUCUACCGUAGUAAUAACGGUAGGAGAACAAUCCGAGAGACGGCUGCGAGCUUCUCAUCUUACAAAGUUUGUAUGCUUUUUCUUGGAGGUAAAGAUGAUCGAGAAGCUUUAACACUAGCCAAGCGAAUGGCGCGUAACUCGCGGAUAGAGAUUACAGUGGUUUGUCUCAUCUCUUCUGAACAAAGAUCCAAACAAGUAGCGGAUUGGGAUCGAAUGCUCGAUUUAGAGCUCCUCAGAGACGUGAAGAGCAAUGCUCUGGACGGUGGUGAAGUUAUCUACUCCGAGAGAGUAGUGGAUGACGCCUCGCAAACAUCAACGUUGUUGAAAUCGAUUGGGAAUGAAUAUGAUAUGUUUAUCGUUGGAAGAGAGAAAGGAAGGAAGAGUGUUUUCACGGAAGGGCUUGAGGAGUGGAGUGAGUUCGAGGAACUUGGUGUGGUUGGAGAUUUAUUGGCUUCACAAGAUCUUAAAUGUCAAGCUUCUGUGUUGGUGAUUCAGCAACAACAGCAGAUGAUUUAGGGUUUUAAAAAUACUCCAAAAACAACCAGAUGAUAUGGAUAGAUAAGUUGGAAAU